AACGGGGGGAAGCCCCACCGCGCGCGCUUCCCAUCCCUCCAGCUCUCCACCACCAACCAGAGUCCAGCGAUAAUCCACCGGCGCGCCAUGCCGCCGCCGUCCACCGCCGCCGUCUCCUCCAUUCUCCGCCCGACGCUACCGCCGGCGCUCUCCUUCCACACGGCCUCUCUCCCGCCGAUCACGCGCUCAGCUAGCGCCGCUUCUUCCCGACUCGUCCUCGCGCGGGCCGACGCGGCGGGGGCGCGCGGCGAGGGAGCCGAGACGGUGUUCUUCGACGGCGGCGCCCACUACGGCGACCUCGCGGCGAACCUGCUCCUGGGCUUGACCCUGCUAUGGCUGCCGCUGACGCUGGCGGCCGUGUCCCGCGCGUUCAUCCUGCGAUACCGCUUCACCUCCCGGCGGGUCACCGUGGUGUCCGGGCUCUCCGGCGCCGACCGCACCGACUUCCCCUACUCCUCCGUGACGUCCGUGGUGGUCGUGCCGCGGUUCAUCGGCGAGUGGGGCGACAUCAUCAUCACGCUCAGGGACGGCACCAAGGUCGACCUCAGGAGCGUGCCCAGGUUCCGCGAGGUCGCCGACUACUGCCGCUCCAUGGCCGCCGCCGAGGGCUCCCUCGUCAGCCAGUGAGGAAGGGCCGAGGGCGACGAGCGAGGCUGUUCAUAAUCCCUUGGGCUUCAUAGUCUUCUUCUGUACUGCUCUGUUCUGUUUGCGACGCGAGGACAUCAUCUGAAAUUCUGAAAGAUGAGAAAUUAACAGUUGAUGAUAUCUGCAAAUUCAAUACGAAUCGUUUGAUACGGCACAUUCGGGUCAAAGGGCAGCAUUCUUGUCAUGAGCCACAUUUUUUAAGAGAUUUUCUACCCAUCUUCCGGCUGAUUUGUGUGUAA